CACCUCAACUGCAAGCAAAUUUGUUUGGACGUCGCCUUUCCCCCCAGUCGCCGCUUGCUUGCAGUGCAGGAGUAGUAUUUGUUAGUCUUGCGUGCUGCUUCGUUACGACGUCGGGUGCUGUUGAGCCUUUGGUACGAACUGCAGGUUUUCCUAGCGCGAUAUCGUAAUUUGCCUGGUAAACCGGGAGGAAGCUGACAGAAUUAGCCAUGGAGUGUCUAGCUCACAGGGCCCCUGUGCCUGUUCCUCGUGCCUCCCCUAACGCCGAGCAUAAGCGAUCUGCUGUCUCCUCGUCGCUAAAGUUCGCCGCUAGUCCCGCGCUUGGUAACCAGUUCGUCGCGAAAAGCCGGCAGGCUGCACGCGCGAGCAACUCACAGUUUAGGAGAAGCACCCCUCGGUGCGAGGCGGCACCAGAAGGUGCCGCCGCCACGGCUCCCGAGAAAAAGACCUCAAGCGACGAUACCAUUCAGCAGUUUCUGCAGCGUGAUUAUAAGUACGGGUUCGUUUCUAAUAUCGAGAAUGUCCAGAUUCCCAAGGGACUGACGGAGGAAACCGUGAGGUUAAUUUCGGCGAAGAAGCGGGAGCCGGAAUGGAUGCUGGAGUUCCGUUUGAAUGCGUUCCGACAAUGGCAGAAGAUGACCGAGCCCCAGUGGUCGGAUAAUCACUACCCGAAGAUUGACUUCCAGGACGUGAUCUACUACUCGGAGCCGAAGCAGAAGGAGACCAAGGCAUCGCUGGACGAGGUCGACCCCGAGCUCCUCGCCACCUUCGACAAGCUCGGCAUCUCCAUCUCCGAGCAGAAGCGCCUCGCGAACGUCGCCGUCGACGUCGUCUUCGACUCCGUCUCCAUCGCGACGACCUUUCGCGAAGAGCUCGCGAAGGCCGGCGUCAUCUUCUGCUCCAUCUCCGAGGCUGUUCGCGAAUACCCGGACCUCGUCCGGAAAUACCUGGGGAAGGUCGUACCUGUGAGCGACAACUACUACGCCGCUCUCAACUCCGCCGUUUUCAGCGACGGCAGCUUCUGCUACAUCCCUAAGGACACCAUCAGCCCGAUGGAGCUAAGCACCUAUUUCCGGAUUAACGCCAUGGAGACUGGUCAAUUCGAGCGCACGCUUAUCGUGGCGGAAGACCGGAGCUACGUGAGCUACCUGGAGGGGUGCACGGCGCCGUCUUAUGAUAAGAACCAGCUGCACGCGGCGGUGGUGGAGCUGUGGACGGGCGAGGGCGCGGAGAUCAAGUACUCCACGGUGCAGAACUGGUACGCGGGCGAUAAGGACGGCGUCGGCGGGAUCUACAACUUCGUCACCAAGCGCGGGCUGUGCGAGGGCAAGAACUCCAAGAUCUCCUGGACGCAGGUGGAAACGGGGUCCGCCAUCACGUGGAAGUACCCGUCCGUGGUGCUCAAGGGCGACAACAGCUCGGGCGAGUUCUACUCCGUGGCGCUGACCAACAACAAGCAGCAGGCGGACACCGGCACCAAGAUGAUUCACGUGGGGAAGAACACUCGCAGCCGCAUCGUAUCCAAGGGCAUCUCAGCGGGGCAGUCGCUCAACUGCUACCGAGGGCUGGUGCAGGUGCAGCCCACGGCCCAUGGCGCCCGCAACUACUCGCAGUGCGACUCCAUGCUCAUCGGGGACAAUGCCGGCGCCAACACCUACCCGUACAUCCAGGUGAAGGACCCGACGGCACGAGUGGAGCAUGAAGCAUCCACGUCCAAGAUCGGGGAGGACCAGCUGUUUUACUUCCAGCAAAGAGGCAUCGACGCUGAGAAAGCGGUGGGCAUGCUCAUCAGCGGCUUCUGCCGUGAAGUGUUCAAUGAGUUGCCCUUGGAGUUCGCCUCUGAGGUCAACCAGCUCAUGAGCCUCAAGCUCGAGGGCUCCGUUGGCUAAAAACAAUUGUGCAAAUGUCUCUUGUUUUGCCUUUGUUGAAUGGAAUGGUCUUUGCUUUGUACCUGUGGUGUAUCAAUAAAUGACCCGUAACCUGUUGCCUCUAUGGCCUUCCCC